GCGCUGACAUAAACACUGCCCAGUAGCUUCGCGUGACCUCUAACCCAGAUUUGGUUCUGACCAAAACACGCUAACAUUUUAUAGUCGUGUAGCUUCUGAAAUGGAUGAAAACAACAAAUCGAGUUCGCGGGAUUUGCUGUCGUGUGGCAACGGUGGAGGUCUCGCUGAGAAGUUGCUACUUAAAUCAUCAGAAGGCCUCAAGACAGAAAGAGUCCCAAGGAGCAACGUGAUGGCACGGCUGCAGAGUUUCCUCCCGCAGAUGGCGGAAGCCAAUCGAAAGCUGAAGCAGCAGAUGGAGGAAAGUCCUGGGGGACAUUUCGACAUCGAGGACGUCCAGACGGCGGAGAAAGUGAUCGAGAUGGACAUCGCGCUGGUGGAGCUCAGCGGGUCGGACGCGGACUCUGAGGACGACGACGACCGGGAUUCUUCGGACUCUGAAUCCGAGACAGUUUUAACUGAGCGCAACCUUAAACUGCCGGGGCGCAAAUGCAAGGAGGAAAAUGUCAACAUUCAGGUUGUGGAGCAUCCGGACAAAUAGAUGUGU